CAGUUUAAUGACUUUUCUUACUUCCAUUUUAUUGAUUAUUAGUUUAACUUUAGAAACUACAAAUUUUACAGUCCUUAUCUUAUUUACAUCAAGAAUAAUUAAAUCAAAUUCACAUUAAUUUCUUAUCUGACCUGUCGCUAUGGGUGUGGAUCCUUAUUUCAGUGAGAAAAUUUUUAAACAGCGCUCCAAAUUACCGUUCACCAUAAAUCACUUGAAUAUGGAUGGUAGGGAGGUAUCUAAGACCGGAAAUCAUAAUAAUAAAGAGGUCCCUUCUGAAGCUCCUCGUAAACACAUUUCCCGUGCUUCUCCUCGGCCACGUCGUUCACGAUCGUCACCAGUGCGAUCGGGGGUUUCUGAAAAUAAUAGCCCUGAAAGACUAGCUCGCAGCCCGUCUGCAUCAGCCACACGAAUAGGUUUGCCUGACCAAAUACUGCCUGCGCCAACAGUGCUCUCCCCACAUAACAUACUAUAUAAAAAUAAUAGCGGUCCAGGAUUCGGGCCUACCGCGAUGUCAUUCUUCUCUCCUCGCCCUCCUCCUGCACCACUCUUUAUCGUACCACUGACCAGAAACCCCAGCACUAUAACUGAAAACAGACAGAGAAUCAUACAAUCACGGCCGCAAGCAAAAACAAAAAAGAAGGCAAGUCGCAGAAUUGUUGGGCAAAUACUGGAAUCGUUAUUUAAAAAACUUCCUAUAAAAUCUAAAGCAGCCAGUCCCAAAGCUGUUAAAAUAAUGGGACCAAAAGCUUCUAGAGACAUCAAACAUAACGAUAGAAACCGUAGUAUUGCUGUUCAAGCUUUGACGAAGCAUACAUGUAAUAGGAAAACAUUGUCGGGAGACGAGGACGAGUACUCCAGUUGUAAAUCUAGUGAAGACGCGUGUCCCGAGUGCGAGCGAUCGUUUGUAUGGGCCGGGUCGGUGCGUGCUCUGCGGGACUCGCACGUUCGUCUCGUGUUGCGGCAGCUGCGGCAAUUGCAAGACAUAGAAAAACUCAACAGAGCCCUGCGACGAGAGCACGUGGAAUAACACGCGAAGGAUGGACCUUAAUUAAUGAAUAAACACUUACAUAUAUUACUUUUACAAUUUGUACAUUUAUUAGAACAUAGUUCAGUAGUUAGUCGAUUUAAAAACACUUAUUAUGUAAACCACUACAAUAGUUCAUUAUAAUAUUAUAUAAGGUGGGAAGUGAGAAACGGGAUGAAAUAAAAUAAAAAGAAAAA